GAUGGAAAACGGCACAGAAUACUAAUACAUAAGAUAACAGAGAAGAAUUUUAAUCAUCAUAGAUCCUUAAAUCAUAGAUUAGUCUUUGAUAUCAGAAUAUUAGAUAAGUUCAAGUUCCGACAGUUUUGCUUAACCUCCAAUUUUCAGUUUAUAUUAUGGUUAUAGAGAUCCUUAGAUUGGUAAAAUGAAUUUAAAGAAUGGAUUUUCGUCCUUCCCAAAAAAUCUAAUAGUGUUAUCGAAUAGUAUUCGCUUCUUCAACUCAUCUAAAAGUAAUUAUAAACAUUGUUUUUUGUUCAAAUCUCAAAAAAUUUUGAACACUAAUAAAUCAUAUCUGAAGAAUUUGAUAUGUUCAAGUUACUCUACGGAGCCAGAUAAAAAUAAAAUUCCGCAAAAUAUCAGACUUCCACCUUUAAUGAAUUUUCCAAGGGUUAUGUGGCCCUCUAUACCAAAAGCACUAAAAAACACUAUUUUAUCAUAUUUUAUUAUUAAACCUUAUAUGGACCUCGACUUUGAUUUGGGUGAAGUAGUAUUGGGGUCUAAAAAAGCUGUUGAUGUAGUUUCAAAAAAACUCUCUUCUGGUGAAGAUUUGGGUCAAUUAGUCACAGAUGAUAUUAUUCCUGUAUUGCAGUCUAGAGUAUCGAUUAUGUCUGUUGCACAAAAAGAAUUGUUAGCUAUUGAUGAGAAAGAUAUUUAUUUCUCUUUUCCCUAUCAGGUUGGCAUUAUAUUCAAUGAAAAUGAAAGUAACCCUAAACGUUUUGUCGAAAUAUUAAUGGUCCAUCAUUCAUUAAAAGGUCUCAAUGAAAUGAGAGAAAGGGGCGAAGAAAUACCAAUGAAUAUAGGAGUUAUACCUGAAUAUAGGAAUAAAAUAUGUGUUGCUAACUAUAGAUUCAUCAAAGAAUUUACGAAAGGAAUUCAAGAUGAUUGGACAAUCAAUUCAUUGAAUCAUUUUAAUCCAGCAGAUGAGUUAGACGGGGAAUAGAAUAAUUUUUUUAGUAUUCAAUCUAUAUUGUGAGUCAACAAAAUUGAGUUUUAUUAAAUGUCAUUAUUUUUGAAAAGAUAUUGUUAUUCAAAAUUAUUGCAUUGUAGAUUUAUUUAUUCAACCGAGGAUUCUCUGAUCUUAUUCUAUCCAAAAUAGAAAACUCAUUACUUGUAUUGAACUGCAAAUUUGUUUUGAAUUAUUUGAAGCAAAUACAGAUCUAAUUUUAAAUUU